GUCAGGACGGAGACGCGUGUCUUCAUAUCUCCGCCGCACACCCAUCUCCCCACCUCCUCAGUUCACCUCUCCAGUGGAUUCGGCCCUGCAAAGUUUCUGAUCCGAACAAUGGUCCUCAUGGGAUUCACUCAACCAAUCAAGAGGCGCUGUAACUGAGGCUGCUGUGUCCCGGUUGGCUAGCUAUUCAUAAGUAACCAAGCAGAAAGUGGAGGUAAUUUUCAUUUCCACAGAUGGAUGAUCCAGACAUGGAAUCAGAGAUUCAAGAUUACUCAUCAUCAGAUGGAGGUGACAAGAUGAAUUGGAUUCUGGACAAGGGAUUGAUGCUGGGGAAGAAAGCUCUGCUCACAGGUAUUGUGAUCUCAUCUGUACCCUUUGUUCUCCCUCCAUUAGUCGUUUUCUCGGCUCUUGGGCUGGCUUUCUCGGUCCCUUCUGGGCUUGCUGUUGCCACCUAUGCUUGUACUGAGAAGAUCAUGAGCAAGCUGCUCCCAAUGCCCAACCCCCCUCCCCUCGCUUUAGAGUAUGUGGAGGAAAUCUCUAGUGAUGAAAAAGAAGACGACAUGGGAUUUGGAGGAGAAAUUGAUAUGGGAAAGGAGGAAGACAAACUAAUGGAGGAUACAAAAAAAGGAGUUGAGGUGAGGAUUGAGUUUGUUGAUAAGGGUAAAGAAGAACAGAUUGAAGGGAAGGUUUUGGUGGAGCAGGAUGAUUUAGGACCAGAAAGCAUCCUGAAUGAUGAAGUGGCAGAACCAGUAAUACAACUGGGUGGGGAUCAGCUUGUGGAAGAAAGCAGUUAUGAGGAGGAUGUUGGUGAUGGCAUACCAAAAGAGGGUGAACAGCCAUUAGAGAACAUUGAUGUGGGAGUUGAAGAAAGCAGGGAUGGCAAGGUGCACAGAUUAGUGAUUGUAUUUGAGAAAAAUGAUAGCAAUGUUGAAGAAAUCAGGGAUGAACAUCCAGAAACUGAGAUACCCAGAGUUGUGGUCAAAGUUGAGAAAAUGGAUGAGAGUGUUGAAGAAGGGGAGACACUGAUUCAAGCAGCAACAAUGGCUGACAUCAUAGAUGAGAACAAACUUGCAGGUGAGACAACGGGAUUGCUUGAAAGAAUCAGGGAUGAAGGUAAAUCAGUGGAAGAGGCAGAGCAGCAGGGGAAAGGUAUAUCAGGAGGAAAUCUGGAUGAAAUGAGUGUUGAUAAUGUUGCAGAAGCCGAGAAACUGAUGAAUGAUGGAGUAGAAACAAUAGAUGUCAGAAGCAUUAAGGACGAGGAGCAGAGACAUAUUGUAUACAAGAAGACCAUGGUGGUAAUAGGAGGAAUGGAUGUCGAUAACAGUGUUACCGAAGAUUUAAGGAAGGAAAAUGUGAUUUCAUCAAAUGCAGAUGUAAGAGAAAUUGCAGAUGAAAGUGGGUUCGAUUUGUUCGAUGACAAGAAUGAAGCUGUUGAGCAGUACCCUCGUAGGGUAUGCGGUGUCCGCAUAGCUUCUGAGCAAUCUCCAGGAUUCAGAGGUGAAAAUGGCAGAGAUUUUAUACCCGAGUCCAAGGUUUUGUCAGAGAAAGACAUCACCGUGAAGUCCAAUGAGGAGCAGGUGCCGGAGAGCGAAGAGAAGAUAUGGGAACGGAUUCACGCAAUGCGGGCAAUAGUGGGAUACAAAGCCCCAACCAGCAGAACAUGCGUGGAGGAGCUGAAGGCACUGUACAUGUUCACGGGCGUGGAGCCACCUUCCUCAUUCAAGGACCCCUCUGAUCUGAUGGAAGUAAGCAGCAGGCUUCAGUUUCUGAUGUCCAUAGUUGGAGUGAAGUAGAACAACUUUGUUGGCCUUAUACUUUGUUUUCAGUAGUUGUUUUGUGGAGGAGAGUGUGUUCUUCCUAUGAUGGAUUUGGAUGCUAUUCUGUUAGAACACUCUUGUCUGGAGAUUCCUAGCUUUGUAGGAUGUGGGAAAGCCAUGGUGUGCUGCUGUUUGUGUGUUGGCUUAGGAGAAGCGCAGCGGCCAUUAUUUCGGCCACAAAUGAAAUACUACAAUGCAUUUGGUAGUAAUUCUAAAAAAAACGUUUUUAGUGUA